GUUACCUUCACGCGCUCCAGACGCGAUCGUAGCGUUCUGUGCCGAAAACUGGUUGUUUUAUAUCAAAUUAUGUUCUUUUUUGUUGAGAACAGUUUGACAUUGUCAACAAUUCAACCUACGACGGUUCAGCACACGCUUCACAGUUAAAAUUGUUCUUGAAGACGAUUAGUAAAAAAAAACUAAAGCAAUAUCAAGUAAGGCAAUGUGUGACAUCAUUUGCAGACUAUGCUUAAAGGACCUGGAUGCGGAUGAUCCGGAUGGAAGCUCUAUUUUAGAUGAAAAGAUUAGAAAAGCGAUGAACAAUGUGUUUUGCUUUAAGGUAUGCUUUGAAGCGGAAUUACCCCAGAACAUCUGCAAACAAUGCUCCUGGAAUGUGCAAGAUUUUGAAUGCUUUAGCGAGCUAGUGGAGAAAAAUCAGAAAAUAUUAAAACAAAAAUAUAUGCCCAAGAAAACCCCUCAUUGCACUGAGGACGGAUCCACAGAACAGAUGGAUCAUGAAAACCGCGGACAGGAACCAUCGACCCAAAGUCAACUUGCAACAGUAUCAUCUUCAACAGUAUCUGAUAUAUAUUUGGAUUCGAAUGUCUAUGAUAAACCUUUGGUGGACAUGGCGUGCAAGACUGAGCUGGAUGAGGUUGAUGUGGUAGAUGAGUUCCAUCCAGAUCUUAUGGAAACUUCGAUCCGGUAUAGAACAGUGGCGUACAAUUAUGACGUGUGGUGA